CACGCACAGUGGUAGUUCUGCAGUUCCUGGUUUCAGUUGACAGCUGUUUUAUAGGUAGAUCAACUCCAGCAGGACACCGAGCGGUAAAGUCACAGCUUUGUUAGAAUCGGUCCUUUGUAUGUGGAGUUUAAGAGGCAUUCAGACAUGAGGUCGCUGACCUUGGAAAAGAUGGAUGUGGCCUCAGGAGAGCAGCAACAUCUGCCCACAUGUGGAAACAGUCUGACCUCCAACUACUGUCCGCCAAGUUUGGAGAAUAAGAUUUUAAUGCAGGCCUCAGCAACAAAUCCCCAACCCUGGUCCUCGCUCUUUCCUACGCAACCUUCCUCCCAUUCUUCUCUUCAGCCAACCAGUCUGUCCUCCACCUCCUCCUUUCUUCUUUCCUCCUCUUUCUCAGCUGAUUCCCCCCUCCUCAGCACCCACAACAAACUCCUAACAACUAGUUCUGCUACCCUUACUCCUUCCUUGACCUCUACUGUUCCCUCAAACCCUUUGGUCUUCUCAACACUGACCGGGAACCUUCAGGUCUCUGGUUCUUAUUCAUUCCUGAAGAGCAAUCUGAGUGGAGAAAAGAAGAUUGAUGAAGAAGCAGAGGAUGAGGAUGAUGAGGAAAUCUCAGAGGAUAUGCAAUCCUCUUUUGAGGAAACAAGCGUGCUGGAUGAAGACCAGAUGUCUGAAGAGGACGGCGGUGGAGGAGACGCUGAGACCGCCGCAGAGUUACCGGUCACCAACAUGGAGUGGAGGGACCAUGAGAGCGAUGACGCUGGGAUGAUCAAGCAGGAGGAAUUUGCAGAGCUAGAUGGAGGAACCAAAAGUGCUUUGGAAGACUUGAAAGAUAAAAAGUACCUUCUGUUGAACGCAGUCUGCUGCUCUCUGGUUAAUAAGAGCAAAGCUCCUGGCCAGCAGGACUGGGACUCAGAGAACAGUGUUUGGACCAGAAUCACUGAUCUGGCCAAGGACAUCUCUGAUGGUGACCCACAGUUUCUUCUUAAGGUUGCAGUUUACAGCCGACAGGAGUUAAACAUCCGAAUCACUACAAACUUCCUAUUGGCUCUGGCUGCCAGUCUGAACCCCACUAAGCCUCAUGUCCGCAGAUAUUUCUGUGCUGCAGUGCAGCUCCCCUCUGACUGGCUGGAAGUGGUCAGAAUCUACACUACGUGCUUCAGCCCCAGCCUGCCGACGUGUCUGAAGAAGGCCAUGGUCGACAAGUUUAAGCAGUUCAAUGAGUACCAGCUGGCCAAAUACAACACACGCAAACACCGCUGUAAACACAACCGGAAGAAACCAAAACGAAAGAAACCAACUUCUGCAGAUUUUAAACAAUGGGCUAAAUUCCUCAAUUCUGAACCAGAAGUUCUGAAGAAAUAUCUCCAGGUGGAGGAUGGCAGAGUGGUGGUGGAUAAAAAACAGGCCGAGUUCAGCCUGAAGAAGCUGAUCAAGAAGCUUCACAUUAAGGAACCUGCUGAGCUUGUUAUGGCCAUUCUUGGAAAAAAGUAUCCCAAUGAUGCGAAGGCGUUCAUCCACAGCGGGAUAAAGGGUGUGUGGGACCCAGACAGAGCCGGACAGCGGAUGAAGCUCAAAGAGCCUCAGACGUGGGAACGACUGCUCAGUAUGGAGGGCAACAAGGCCGCCACCUGGCAGAAGCUCAUAGACAGCAGAUCUCUUCCCUUCAUGGCCAUGUUGAGGAACCUAAGGAACAUGAUCACUAAGGGAAUCAGUGAGGCUCAUCACAAAAAGAUCCUCAGCAGGCUGACCAAUCAGAAUGCAAUCAUUCAGAGCCGACAGUUUCCUUUCAGAUUCCUCGCAGCUUACAAAGUUAUCAUGGAGCUUCGCGCUUUAGCCUCUGCGUCUCAGAAAGCGAUCCCAUCAACCAAAGAAAUCCUGGUGAGCAUCCUGAAGAAGAUUCCCAAAAGCAGGCGCAGCAAGAGCCAUGACUGGCAGACGUGUAAGAAGAGGGGACUGAAACUGACACUUGGUGUGCCGUUUAUCUACCGGCUGUAUAAAAACAAGAAGGCCCAGCUUCUACAGGCCAGUCAGAGGCUUUACAGCGUCGACCUGUUGGACCGCUACCGUAAAGCCCUGGAGACGGCCGUUCAGAUCUCCUGCUCCUACAAUGUGCCCCUGCUGCCUGGCAAAACCAUCAUUUUAGUCAUGGCUGACACUUGCAGUGACGAGUCCUGGAGCAAGAAGCAGGACUUUUGCCUCCCUCAUGACCCCGAUGAACAGGAAGACGAGGAGGACCAGGAAGAAAAGGGCACAGAGGAAGCGCACAACCCCCUCACUCCGACUAUGGAUGAGGUUUUGGCUUUACUCGCCUUGAUGAUCAAGAGCAGGUCUGAAGAUUGCCGGCUCUGCUUAAGUAAUUACAGCUGCAGUAAGGAAGUUGAGCUGAGUUCAGACGUUCUUUUGGAAAACGUCAGAGGCCUGGUCAAAGAAUUGAAGGACUUCGGCAACAAUAAUGAAGAACAAGAUACCAGUUUCUACUACAGGCUGUUUUCAAAGAAAAACAAGGUGGAUAACAUCAUCACGUUCAGACAGUCUUGGCUGGAAAAGGACUUGGAAUGUGCUAUCAAGAACUACAGAAAGGAAAACAAAAAAACCCUUUAUUUUGAUUUCUUAUUAGUGGAUAGGUCAUCUGGAGAAUCGGAGAAGCCUCGAGACAGGAAUGCUGUGGAGCUGAGAGGCUUCAGUGAGCAAAUCCUGAGAUUUAUAGCAGAGCGAGGAUCUUCUCGGCUAUUGGAUCAUGUCGAGAAUUUGGACAAAUUGUACAACAUCCCACCACCAGAUGGAGCCAAAGACAAGCAGAUCUCCAACAACGCCAUGUCAUUGCCAGCCAUCCCAAAGCUGAGAUGGAGAGGUGUUCGAGUGUUCAUCUCCUCCACGUUCAGAGACAUGCACGCUGAACGGGAUGUCUUGGUGCGCAGCGUCUUCCCUGAGCUCCGCCGCCGCGCCGCAGCCCACUGCCUCCACCUACAGGAGGUGGAGCUCCGCUGGGGCGUGACCGAGGAGGAGUCGGAGAGGGCCACGGAGCUGUGUCUGUCUGAGGUUUGCCGCAGCCAGAUGCUGGUUGGGAUCCUGGGGGAGAGGUACGGCCAGGUGCCCCCCCGCCCUGUCCUACCAGACCUGCCCCAGUACAGCUGGCUGGCCUCUGCUCCAGCUGGUCUCUCCAUCACAGAGAUGGAGAUCCGCCAGUUCCAGGCUCUUUAUCCCGACUCGGCAAAUCAGCGGAUGUUCUGCUACUUUAGAGAUCCAAUGGUUAUCAGAUCAGUCCCUGUGGCUUGGAGUUCACAUUUCGCCUCUGAAUCAAAUGAGGCCGAGAAGAAACUGACUUCUUUGAAGAGACGACUUUUGGAUGAUGGAGUCAAAGUCACUGAAAAUUACUCAUGCAUGUGGGGAGGCGUAGUGGAGGGGAAACCAUACCUGAAAAAGCUGGAGGACUUUGGGAACGCUGUGCUCGAAGACCUUUGGGUGGCUGUGACAAAGCUGUUUGUGAAUGAGGAUGAAGAGGCAGAGACGGCCUUGGAGGUUUCUGAGCAGGAGGUCCUCCAGGGGGCGCUGCAGAAGCAGUUCUUUGGAAGGGCAAAGCUACUGUCGAAUGCUGUGGGGAAGGUGGAGCAGGUCCAGAACAAGGGAGGAAUGCUGGUGAUCGAAGGAGGACCUGGGGAGGGGAAAACUGUCUUCAUGGCUGCUCUAGCAGAAGCCAUCCGCAGUGGACUGAAGUCUAAAACAAAACUCUGCUGUGACGUCAUCUCUUACUCCACUGCUGCCAGCCAGUCGGCGCGCUCUGUGGGAAAUCUUCUUCGAUGCCUCGUACAGUGCCUGAGAGAGAUUAAACCCACACAGGAAGAAUCACCUCUUCCUCACCUCUAUAAGGAUUUGCUGUCAGAAUUUCACUCAACCCUUGGAGAAAUGAAGAAGGACAAACCUCUGGUUGUGCUGGUUGAUGGAGUGGAUCUUGUCCAAGAUGACAAAGGACAGUUUAUUUCUGACUGGAUCCCACAGCUGCUUCCUCAAGGUGUCUGUUUAGUUCUGAGCAUCUCCUCCAAUACGCCUCUGCUGCAGACUUUAGUCAGGAAAAGAGGGACUGUCCUGUUUUCUUUGGGGCAGCUCAGUAUGCCAGACAAGAGAGAGAUUGUUCAGAAAGAGCUGGACGUUUUUGGGAAGAAGCUCAGCGAUUCUGCUUUUAACAAUCAGCUCCAGACUUUAAUAACAAAGAAAGGAGCAGUGAGUCCUCUCUAUCUGCACCUGGCCUGUGAAGACCUGAGGAACUUUGCCUCCUUUGAAAAGCUGAUGGAAACACUGCAAGAUUUACCUCAGUCUCUAAGCCUGCUGGUCCAGUACAGCCUGGAGAGACUCUGCAUCCAGUACAGAACCAUACCUGGGCUCCGUCUGACCCUUGCAGCCCUCACUGUCAGCAAUACUGGUUUAACAGAGCCUGAACUGUACUCUCUGCUGAGAACCUGUAAUGACCUGUCUUCACGGGGCGAGCAGAUCACAUGGGAGGAAGUGCUGCAUCUCUCCAGGAAGCCAAAAGGACGUAUUCCCAUGGCAGUUUUCACUCAGGUUGUGAGGAAUUUACAAAGUCUGAUUGGUCUGUCUCAUUGCCAAUACACCAACGACGUUUUGGCUCUGAACAACCCAGAGGUGAGGAGAGGCUUUGAGAGCUUCCUCCUCCUAACAGAACAUGACAUAGCCAGAGCUCACCUCGUACUGGCAGGUCAUCUGUGGGCGAUGGCUGACCCGGAGGGAAAACAUACCUUCCUUCGCUCUGAGGCAAACUCGGUCAUGCAUCUGCCUUCAAGCCUGAUUCAAAGCGGACAGCUGGGGGCUCUUCACUCCCUGCUCUCCAAUUAUUAUUUCCUGCGUGCCAAUGUGAGCCUCGGCCUCCUUCACCACCUUCUACAGACAUAUGACCUUUAUGGUGAGAAUUCAUUAAGUCUGUCAAAUGUUACCCUCCCUUUAGAUAAGGAGUUCACUACUACAGCUUUACUCGACCCAGAGGGACGCCUGGACGACUGUCGUGGUUUCCUGAAGCGCCACACCUCCACGCUCUCCCUGUGGCCGGCUCUAUUUAUCCAGCAGGCGCUCAACGAACCUCCAGAAACAUCAGCUCACAUCUGGGCUAAAGGCCUGGUAGGAAAAGCAGGAGUCUGUGUGAUCGAGUGCCUAAACAGCAGCAAAGACGAUGCUGAAGAAGGGAGUGAGCUGGUGUCAACCUUCUCCUCUGAACCCACCUGUGUGGUCCUGAGUCCAGACAAACGGCUGAUAGUGGUUGCUACGGGACGGGGAUUGCUGCACGCUGUCAGCGCGCAGACUGGUCAGGAAGUAAAGUCACUGGUGAGCAGCUGUGACGGCAUCUCCAGCUGUGUCUUCCUAAGCGAUGCGCAGCUCGCUUCCACCUCCUUCGAUGGACGGAUAGAAGUGUGGGACAUGCAGAACGGAUGCAGGACGGCUUUGAUUGAAGGCCACACUAAUACUAUAACAGCGAGUGACAUCACCCCGGACAGGAAACACCUCGCAACUGUGUCCCUUGAUCACACACUUAAGGUGUGGGCUGCCGCUAAAGCUAAAGAGCUAGCCUCUCUGCCCAGCACCAGCCCUCUGAACUGUGUGACCUUUGACCCUGAGGGUUACCUGCUUGCUGCAGGAUGCUGGGAUGGAAGCAUCAUCGUGUGGAACUGGUUACAGAAUCACAUACAAGCUUCUCUGUGCGGCCACCGGCGAUCGGUGCGCAGCCUCUCCUUCUCCCCCUCUUCCUCCAUGCUCUGCUCCGGCUCCAUGUCCGGAGAGGUGAGGGUGUGGUCGACGUCCACCUCCACCUGUGUGGGAUGCUUUCAGGCUCACUGCGGAGCCACUGAGACGCUCACAUUCCUGGAGGAAGGAUCCAUGCUGCUGAGCGCAGGCUCUGAUCACACGCUCCAGCUCUGGUCAGGAGGACUUGGACGAUCAGUCGCUUCUUUAAAAAGUGAUGAAUGUGAGUUUGAGCCACCUCAGAAGAAGAAAAAGCUAACCUCUGAGGCAGCUGCUCUCUGCGUGGCGAUUGAUGGAGACUAUGCCGUCGUUGGUUACCACAGAGACGGCAUCAAACUCUUCAGGGUUGAUUCAGGAGAGAAGAUGUGGUUUUCUACAGAUCUCAGUGCCUCUGUACAUUGCCUGCUGUGGGUUCACCUGGACCCAGAGCAGAGCAAGAUGGAGCUGCUGCUUUCAGGAGGAAGCGACAAAUGUUUGAGGCUGUGGAGGAAAACCGAAGGAGGAGAGGGAAUGCUUGAAGGCCUGAUACACCUGAAAACAUUUGGGGUGCAAACAGAAAGCAUCCUGGCAGUGGAGCAAAACUCCACUGUUUUGGCUACAGCUUCAGAUGAUUUCACCAUCGCUCUGUGGCCUUUGAAGGACCUAACCGAGAACUCCUCCAUUAAAGUAUCAGCUGUGCUGAGAGGACACCAAGGAGGAGUCACCUGCAUGGCUUUCAGCCCUGAUGGUUCUCAGCUCCUUUCAGGUGGAAAAGAUAAGGCUUUAAUGUUGUGGAAUCCCGACCCUUUUCAAGCGGCUCUUCUGAAAUCCUUCCCUCACUGUCACCGAGACUGGAUCACCGACUGUGCCUGGACCCCUGACUGCACUAUAAGCUCAUCAAAUGAUGGGAGGCUUUGUUUUUGGGACUUGGAAACAGGUUCCUGUCUCAGAGAAAUCUCCUGGAGGAACCCACUUUCCUCAGUCUGCUGUGUGGGGCCGCAUGUAAUUGCUGGCUGCUCAGAGGGGACGCUGCAUGUUUGGAAGUGGCAAGACAAAACGGAAAUCUGCCACAUAUCUGCUCACAAGGAAAGUAUAAACUACUGCCGCCCCGUCCCAAGCACAGUCCCGGAGAAGGAAACCAAACCAGAGGAGCUGACGGUUUUCACUGCAUCUGAUGACGGCUCUGUCCAGCUCUGGAAACCUUUGCAGGUUGAGCACUUACACGCCUUCCUGGGUCACAGUGGUGCCGUUCAUGGAGUGGCUCAAAAAGAAGGAGUCCCAGAGUUCCUGACUGUGUCUGAAGAUGGUUCACUGAGAUGCUGGAAAACAGAUACUGCUGCCAACCUGAAAGGCCCCAUCUCAGCCCUGUGCUUCUCCAAGGACGGGGACUUCCUGCUGGUUGGCUACGAGUCUGGUUUGCUGGAGCUGUGGCAGAAUAACUCGGUUGUUGAGCAUAAGCAGGUAUCCGACGGCCCCAUCACAGCCGCCUGUUCCAUGCCUGACAGUCAGUUCGCUGUCACCUACAUGAACACCAUGGUUGUUGAUGUGUGGAAGAUGGUGUGGAAUCAACAAUACAGCAAAGCUUGCCUGGUGAAGGUGAAGACCCACAAACAGAUCCACCCGAUGAUACGCCUCUUCUACAGCUCCAUGCUGAUCGGCGUCACCAACCUGGGACGUAUGUGUGAUGUGACCAGUGAAGACCAAGACCAGUGGGGGAAUUUCUGCUCAGUCUGGAGUCAGAGCGUAAAUGUUCUGAGUGUGGUUCGCAAUGAUGAAAAAAGUGUGUGGUUGACUGGCGAAGGCGGCGAAGGUGGCGAAGAUGGUAGCCUUGGCUUUUUUUUUGGCAUGGGCUCCUCAACUGAAAUAGCGACGUCUUUCUGCUCAGUGACAAUGAAGUUCAGUGACGAGAAGGAAAAAGUGGAGAAAAAACAAAGCCCUAUAACAGCCAUGACUGUGGAUCAAGAGUUUGUGGUGUGUGGAGAUGAUGAAGGCAACAUGUGGUUCAAUCAACAUCCAGACAUUUCAUCAUGGAGCAAAAGAAAACCUGUCCAUCUGGACAGGAUCAGUGAGCUGAAACUCACUGACAGCGUCAUCAUCUCCGCCUCCUAUGACCGCACACUGAAGCUGUGGGACAGAAACACCAAGAAACAGGUGGGAAUGUUUGUGUGCGGCGGUCCUGUUCUGUUUCUGGAGCUGAACCCAAGAAAACCCAGUGAGCUAGUCUGUGCUGAUGGACAGGGGAAGCUUUACUUCCUCUCCUGGAAGUAUUAGACGUCCUACCAAAUCCCCUGCACACAUUAGCAAACUGCUUACCAAAGAUUUGUUUAGUCCUCACAAAGUGCAAUGCUUGAGUAAAGAAAACUUCAAUACUAAUGAUUGUUGCAUAUUAGAAGGAAUAACUAUUUGUGUUUUUCAUUUUUAAUUUAAUCUUUGUUUAGACGUCUGAGACUCAGGGGCUGUAUGUCGUCUGAUUAGAUCUAUUUUUGUUUUUUGUCAGGUUUAUUCUCCAACAAUAAAUCGAAAAUGAAUAAUAAUCCAACCACCUUAUUCCUUGCAAUAAAUCUCCUGAAAGGUC